AUGAGGGUGGAUCGCAGCGUGUACCGGAUGAUGCAUCUUUGCAUCAUCGGUCUGGCGCUGUUUGCUUUUACUCUGGCCUUGCCUUCACCAACCGAAAUCCAAGACCCAUCGACAUCAAUUGACGGUGUCCCACGUUUGGAGGCUCGCGAUGCCAAGCCCUUUGCUCUCCGUAUCAUGCCACUUGGGGCUUCAAUCACGACUGGAUUGAAGUCAAGUGAUAAGAAUGGAUACCGGAUAUGGAUACGUGAGCAGCUUCGACACGCUGGAUGGGAGGUGAACAUGGUGGGGUCCCUUAAAAGUGGAACCAUGAGAGAUAAUGACAACGAGGGCUGGAGUGGAUGGGUCAUCGACCAGGUUGCCCAAGAGGCUGAGAAGACGAUCCCGAAGGCCCCAAAUCUUAUUUUGAUCAAUGCUGGCACGAACGAUGCCGUGAAAGACCUGGACGUCGAUAGGGCAGGAGAGCGGAUGAAUGUGUUGCUCACUCGUCUGUAUGAAGGUAUACCAGGAACGACUAUCAUCCUAUCAACGUUGUUGUCCAACGGAGAUCCCAAGGCCCAAGCCAACGUCGUGAAGAUCAAUGAGCAAUACCGCAACAUCGCCGCUGCUCGCCGAAAGAAUGGCGACAAGAUAGUUUUGGCCGAGAUGAGUGACUUUAUCAAGGUCAGCGAGCUGGUAGAUGGAACUCAUCCCAAUGACUUUGGAUAUAAGAAGAUGGCCUCGGUAUGGUGGGCCGCAAUUCAAGAAGCGGAAUCAGCCAAGUUCUUGUCAAAGCCCAAGGACAUCGGGGAGAGCGAUUGGGCUUAUACGACUUGUGAGAAGAAGUUCGGCUCAGGUAAUGACGGUGGCAAAAUCCAGACCCAACGCGGCAGUGGCUGGGACGAUGGCGAUUACAAGCAUAACGCCCAGAGUAUGGGCCGUAUUAAGCAGAUUGGCAUUACCGGCUCCAAGGGUGACACCCAUCCUGGUAUCAACUAUGCGCAGUUAGUAAACCAGGGAGGUGCCCACCGUGAAGGGGCCCUCGAUGAGCUGGUUUGGACUCGUGAUGGAAAAGGAACCUGGAUGUACCCAAAUAACAAUAAUGGCAAGUUCGGUGAGCCUGUCAAGAUUGAUGUCAAAGAUAACUGUCUUGCGCGAGGUGUACACUGGGGUGACCUAAACAACGAUGGACUGGACGACUUCAUUUGCAUCAGUAGGGAGGGUGCUAUGUAUGCAUCAAUGAACCAAGGUGGGAGUCCUCCACAGUUCAAGUACAUCGGCUUGGUCAGGGAAGCGCCCGGUGGUGACCUAGCUCAGGCGAAUGUCCGACUCGGUGACAUUGACGGCGAUGGUCGUCUUGAUUACUGCCUUGUGAAGGGAAAUGGUGAUAUCCAGUGUUGGAGAAACGGUGGCCAGAAGGAUGCUCCAACACCAGAAUUCAAUGGAUACUGGCAGGACCUUGGAACCGUGUUUACCGGUAAAGGCAUGGGCGAUAUCGCCGGCGUUCGCCUGGUCGAUAUUAACGGUGAUUUCCGCGCCGACUGGCUCUGGCUCGAUGAGGAGGGCAAGGUCACGACGUAUAUCAACCAGCGUGGUACAGGGAAAGGCAGCCUGGCUCCCGAUUGGCGUCGCAUUGGCGUCACUCAUGCUGGAAUGGGUGUGAAGGGUGCUAGAGACCGCAUCAAGUUCGGCCAAGUCUAUGCCAAGGGAGGUGCUGAUUACGUGUGGAUUGAGUCUCUACAGAAUGCCGAUACUUAUAAUCACUAUACAACUGUGUGGAAGAAUAUUGGAAGUGGUGGCACUACACUCAAGGGCGAUGGUGACUACUACUGUGACUGGCGUGGCACUGGUGCUGAUGACUAUAUCUGGAUUUCGCCAACGGGACGGGCCUUGCUCUAUGGAAACGUCCAUAAGCCUCCAACUUGGGUGCCCGAGGGACCGCAAAUAUUCGACCUGGGUAGGGACCGCAAGGGCAUUCACCUAGCAGACUUCAAUGGUGAUGGAAAGUGCGAUGUUUGGGCUGUGAAUCGUGAGACCGGUGCCGCCGAGGUUUGGAUUAACCACUGGAAUGAGGAUACUACCAGUGGCUUUCUAGAUUACAGAGGAGUGGUGACUGGGAAUGUGAAAUGUACCGAAGGAUGGGGAGUCGGGUAUCGCGACAUUGGUGUCCGGAUGGCUGAUCUCGAUGGUGACGGCCGCGCGGAUUACCUGUGUAUGGAACCCAAUGGCCGGACAGUUGGAUGGUUAAACAAAGGCGAGAACAAGUUUGAAGCGAAGGGUCAAGUCAAACGCACGCAUGGAUACGAUCGUGCGAACCAUGUUUGGGCUGAUGUAGAUGGCGAUGGUCUUGUCGACUUCCUCUGGGUUGACAAAUUCAAUGGCAACACCAAAGUCUGGAUCAAUAAGGGUCCAAUUCCCACCGCAGGCUCCAGUUGGAAGUGGGAACUCCUCGACGGCCCUCGAUAUCAAGGCUCGGAUCGUGGGGCCUAUACGUGGUUCAAUACCUGCCCCGGAAGCGAUAGCACCGCAGCCGACGACGUCGACCCAUCUGUAGAUCCCGACUUACCCGCAUACACGCCCCCUAAUCAACCCACGCCGACGGGCACACCUCCAGUCAGCCCGACUGCGACCGGGAUCCCCAUUGGGGAGGCUCCUGACGGUUACUAUGAACAUUGGCCCUUGAACGAUAGGGAUCGAAUGGAAUCGGUCUGCAAUCACCUCGAUGAACUGGAUAAGGACCUCUGGAACAAAAACGACAUGGGUAACUGGCUGACGACUACCGCCGGUUGGUACCAGAAGCUGUCCCUCAACCCGGACCUCAAUCUGGACCCUGAUCAUCCUUUCAAGUGGCCCGGCGGUCUUGCCGAUGCGCUUGCAAAGUACAACGGAAGCAGAAUAGAAGUUCCUCCUCCUUACUCAUGGGAGUGUGCGAACGUCCGCGGGAGUUGCACUGUAAACCACUUAAAAGAUGUUGAUCCGUGCAAGGAGGGUCGAAUGUACCGGGUCCAAGCUCUAACUGCGGUACACAACUUGGCAGAGUUCCUUAGGGUUAUGUAUAGUAUGACGGAAGAAAUCUGGACAAACGCAGGGUUCAAAAACGCCGGCCUGGUCCUCCGAUACUCGCACAAGGGUGAUGAGAACACCGAGUUUGGUGAAGAUGCGGGCAUGACCAUUGGCGCCGGGUUUGCCAGCAUCAUGGGUGCGUUCUUUUUGACGCCCAUGGCCGGUGUCGCUGCCGGGGCCAUGACCAUUGGAGCCGGCGCUGUGGCUGCACUGGGUGGCCUAGCGCCAGCCGACCUGAAGUUUAACACCUAUGCACAGCUCGGUGACAAGUCGGCGGAUAUGCACAAUGCUAUGACCCAGGGCCUGGACGUUUUCUACAAUAGUCUGUUUUUCAAAAAGCCUCCCACCGAUCCCAGCUGGGUAACCAGCCCGACUGCUCUUCCACGCAUACUCAACACGGGAAACUUUGCUUCACAUAAGAGUGUUGUCGCACCCACUGAUGAGGAGACGAGCAAAUAUUCCAUGGUUCCGGAGAAGGCCGGACUGGUUAAGUAUGUGGUCGCUCCGUUGAUCAACAUGUUGUGGCAAAAAGACCUGUACUAUAUUGUCCGGAUCGACAACAAGUCGAUUCGAAAUAGCAACGGCGAGACGUACCACCCCUGCGACAAGAACGGAGACAUGUUCGAAAACACCGAUACCACCAAUAUGAAAUGGUGCAAUCCGGAUGAUACGGCUUUUUUCUUUUAUCAUCAAGGGGACAAUGACCAUAUCCCCAAAGGUAUGGACAAAUUACCAGACGACUAUGGGUUCAAUGGAUACGAUGUGGCAAGAUCUUCCUAUCUUGUGCAGCGCACGACAAAUGAAUGGCAGUCCAAGGUCAACAUAGACUCAUACUUCAGCUGGGUUCCGCAAACAUCCGGCAGUGAUAUUCCUGCAUGGCAAAUGAUGCGAUGGAACCUGCCAGUGUGUGAUCUUGCAGAGUAUGGCGUUGAGGAAGAGUGUGGCUCUGGGCUUUUAUGGGAUGUGUGCAUGUACUCCAUUAUCAAAGAGGUUUGUGGGAGGAGAGAUGGAUGGCCAAAGGAUUAUGAUUUCAUCAGUGGUCUCACCGGUCGUCCCCUACCUCACAAAGAAGAAGGAACUCCUUAUUCCAAGCCUCUCUCACCUGCUGAAGCCGUCCAAUUGCUUAUGGGCUAA